GCCGACGAAGAUCUAACCUCAAAUCGAACGCGCGCGCGCGCGCGUCCGUCUUCCUUUCGCUCGGUGAUCUCGGUGAGAAAAAACACAACGACGUCGCGCUUCUUCGUCUUCACCGCGAAACUGUAUUUUCACCUCGUCGAAGCGCGAAGUACGUUCCGCGAUCGCGAUCUGAUCUUCCAACGACGCGGGGAAGACGCGAAAAACUAAUCCGCCGCGUUUUACAGGUUAUGCCGGUUGUUCUGUUUUCACGCGCGUACGCAAGUAUAUAUUGACGAUAAAAAGAAAGAGAAAGAGAGAGAGAGAGAGAGAGAGAGAGAUAAAUAGAUAGAUAGAUAGAUAGAUAGAUAUGGACGAAGCAAUCACCACGCCGCCUACGUUCAAACGGAAUUUCUUCGAGCGGAUCUACUGCGUGGAAUUUUCACCGUACGAGUGGUCCCAGCAUCUGAUCUGCAUCGCCCUCACCAAGGAGAUCGUCGUUGGUACCGUGAGAUUUCAGGAUGAGGAUGAUCGUGUGGAGGGCAUGGAAUACAAUCCCAUCAGAACGUUUUAUCACGACACCAGGCCUCACGCGAUCGCUUGGAGUCCGGAAACCUCCCUGAGCGUUGUUCCCAAGAUUCUCACGUUUUGCGUCGUUGGCGCAGACUUCAAGAUACGAUUGUACAAUAGCAAUUUGAACGACGUUAACGUGUACGAGAUUCUGGAGGAACACAAAGAUUACAUAAACGCAAUCUCGUACGAACCGGAGGGCGAACUGUUGGCGUCAGUUUCUGACGAUCACACGUGCAAACUCUGGGCGAUCAAGGAGGAUCGAAAGUGCGUGUCCACGUUUUAUCUCACAUCACCUGGCACCAGUGUGUGCUGGCACGGCGAGGAAUCCGGAAAGCUGCUGGUGGCGGAGAAAAAUGGACUGAUACGCAUGUACAACGUCAGAAGCCAACAGGCUAUAAUGUCGCUCGAUUCUGGAGCAGUUCCUUUAACCGCGGCGGACUGGGGUCCCAAUCCUUUGAAGGUCAUUUCAAUGGCCGGAGGAGAAUUGAUCAUCUGGGAUGUAUCCAGACCCAGCCGCCCUCUCGACGAGCGAACGCUCUACCUCGAAGGUGGUCUGACGGCAAAAUUCUCACACACAAACGAAAAUCUGAUCGCGAGCAUCGGCUGGCCGGACAAUCUGUUAAAAGUUCUCAGUUUGAGAUCCAAGCAAGUGAUAUUGUGCGGAAAGGUUAAAUUGUUCGGCGGCAUGACGUGGCAUUACAAACUGCCCUACAUCUGCGCCGGAAGCGACAGAGAACUGUGUUUCUGGAGAGUAAAUGUGAAUUAAUAACAACACUCCGAAUACCCCUGAUU